GCCUAGCGGUGAAUGUAACACCCCUCUUCCUCUUGUCCCCUCCAGCCAACACUCGCUCCAAAACGAUGCCCCCAGGAGGGAGAACGACACCGAAAGCAUCGUCAUCGUCCGAUCCGGUAGACCCAGAUCUAGGGUUUCCCCCGGAACAUCCCAGUCAAGUUGUCGUGACCUGCAACGACGAUGCCUCGAGAAGGGAGUGGCGCCCGAGACGCCGCCAUCGUCCGCCAAGACCGCAGUUGGCACGAUUUUCACCGGAAGCCACGUCGUCCCGAUCUCGUGGCUGGCUGGAACCGCGCGGAGCCUCGCCAUGAGGACGUACGCCGCCGUCGGUACUCCGGCAGAGAUCCUUCAUCCCCUCACCAGUCCCUCCACGCGCCGCCGGUCGGCGCAAGGCCACCCCACGGCAGAUCCGAUUCGGGCGUUGGAUCCGUAGCCACCACCGCCACCAUAUCCACACAGAUCAGCCAACCCUGUCGGAAGGGGCACUGCCACCACCGCCGUCCUUCAGGGCCGCCACUCCGCCGGACAUGGAGCUUAGGCCACCGCCACGUAGCAUAGGGUCGCCGCCCUAGCCGCCGCCCUCGGACUCCCACGUGAGAUGCCCCUGCCGCCUCAGAUGGGAUCCCACAACAACCAUCCACCCUGGUGCCUUCGGGCGACACGAGGGUUCACUGGCCCCUAGCGUCGCCCAGGGGAGGUGACGCCAGGGGAUACUAUUAUCAUGUAUGUCUCAAAUGGACAUACCUUUUUAUGAAUAAGCUUCUAUCCAACCCUACCUUCUCGGGUUUUUUUCAUGCUUUUUCAAUAAGAAAUGGAAUUUUCACUAAGUUUCAAAAUAUGGGUUCACACGGACCAGGUUCCCAUCAUUAAUUACCUCUCACUACUUGUCAUAAAAGUGGCCGUUUGAGUUGACCUAAUGAUAUUAUCCGCAACAACAUUGAUUCAGCAUAUAGUUUAAGAUGCAUAUGUCUCCGUUCUAUUUUUGUAGAGAACAUAUGCUAAAUUUUCUAGGCCGAUAACAUGUAUCUUUCUUUGCUUAGAGAAUGUUUUAUUGUAAUGAUGUGGAUGCCCUUAAUGAUGGUGUUAGAUCGUAUUAUUUGUGUGGGCCAUUUCUUAGGUUAUAUAUCAGCAUUUUAUAGUGGCCUGGAAAAGAAUGGAAGAUAGAGCACACUGUUACCAUGUUGGUAACAGCAAUGAGUAAAAACAAAAGAAUGAACAAAAAUACUUAUUAUGGGAGAGUUAACUUUUUUUCCUUCACAAAAUGAAAUGUGCAAUUAUCUCCAAACACACAUGCAGUAAGUUAUAUAGUAGCCUCAGCAACAAAGUUAAUUAUAGAUUAUUCUUCACACAUCUGAGGUUGGUACCCUGGAAACAAUUUAAAUACUCAGCAAUCACCUUUCGUUCAGUGAGCAUGGUUGAAGAACCUGGUUCUGUUGCACAAAACUUGUAGCUGGAGCAUUUUAUGGACAAUAUCCAUUACUACUUUAGUAAAGGCAAACGACAUGACGGGUUAUAUAUACACUUAUACUGGAUGGCUACUGACCACUUAAUCCAAUAAUACAUGCACAUUCUCAUCCACCCAUUGUGCUCUAUUUGUCCAACUGUCCCAUCUUUUUUAGACUAUACGUGCAGCAAUUCUCAGUUUCUCACACUCAGUCGCUAUAUAUAUGCACUUUGUGAUUGCCCGUACAAGCAGAGAAGCUCACACUUCGAUCUCGAGCUGCAUUUCUACUUCCAUUCAGGGAGACGACAUGGGUGCUGCUCCCACGAACAAGAUGCCACACCCACACGCUGUGUUCGUGCCGUUCCCGGCUCAGGGGCACAUCACGCCGAUGAUGAAGCUGGCAAAGAUCUUUCACUGCAAGGGCUUCCAUGUCACCUUCGUCAACACCGAGUAUAACCACCGCCGCCUCGUCCGUUCCCGCGGUCCUGACGCGGUGGUCGGCCUUCCGGACUUCCACUUCGCCACCAUUCCUGAUGGUUUGCCCCCGUCCGACGCCGAUGCCACGCAGGACAUACCAUCCCUCUGCUAUUCCACCAUGACCAACUGCCUCCCCCACCUAAAGAACCUGCUCCGCGACCUGAACGGCGCAGCCGGGGUGCCGCAGGUGACGUGUGUCAUGGCAGACGCCGUCAUGAGCUUUUGUUUGGACGCCGCGGCAGAGCUCAGCGUGCCUUGCGCGCUGUUCUGGACUGCCAGCGCCUGCGGCUUCAUGGGCUACCACAACUUCCGGUUCCUCCUGGACGAGGGCCUUGCCCCUCUCAAAGACGAAGAGCAAGUGAAGAACGGGUACUUGGACACGCAGGUGACGCAGGCACGCGGGAUGAGCAAACACAUGCGUCUCCGAGACUUCCCAACCUUCUUCCGCACGACGGAUCGUGGCGACGUGAUGUUCAACUUCCUGAUGCACGAGGUCGAGCAAUCGAGCCGUGCGGCCGCCGUCAUCCUCAACACCUUUGACGAGCUCGAGCAGACGGCGCUCGAUGCCAUGUGUGCCAUCCUCUCCCUGCCCGUCUACACCAUCGGCCCGCUUAACUUCCUCGCCGGGCAGGUGGUUCCCGACGACGGCGCCCAGCUCGCCAUGAUACGCCCCAGCCUUUGGAGAGAAGACCACUCCUGUCUCGAGUGGCUCCGGGGCAGGGAGCCACGGUCCGUCGUGUACGUCAACUUCGGGAGCAUAACCACCAUGUCCAUCCAAGAGCUGGUGGAGUUCGCGUGGGGUCUGGCCAACUGCGGCUACGACUUUCUGUGGAUCGUCAGGAAUGACCUGGUGAAGGGUGAUGCCGCCGUGGUACCUCCGGAGUUCCUGGAGGCGACAGAGGGCAGGUGCCUACUAGCGAGCUGGUGCGAACAAGAGGCGGUGCUGCGGCAUGAGGCGGUGGGCACCUUCUUGACGCACUGCGGAUGGAACUCGACCAUGGAGGGGCUGAGCGCAGGGGUGCCAAUGCUGUGCUGGCCCUUCUUCGCCGAGCAGCAGACCAACGCCCGCUACGCGUGCGUGGAAUGGGGUGUCGGGAUGGAGGUCGGCGAUGACGUGCGCCGGGGGGUGGUCGAGGCGAGGAUACGGGAGGUGAUGGGGGGAGGAGGGGUGGGAAGGGAGAUGAGGCGGAAGGCGGCGGAGUGGAGCGAGAUGGCCGUUCGUGUGACAACACAACCUGGUGGCAGGUCGCUGGCUAAUCUUGAGAGUCUGCUCAAGGAUGUACUGCUGGUCGCCACUAGGAAUGCUGGGUAGAAUUUGGGAUUCGAGAUGCAUGUGGAUCCAACCGACAGGUUGGGAGAAAGGCGAAUUUGAGUUUCUGCAUGGGCUCUUGAUCCAAUAAGGCGUGAACUUGGCUACGAGGUUAGCAUCGUUUGGUUGGGUUGUGGCCGUAUGAGAAGUUAUCCAUUGUAGGUUAAUUAGUUGGUUGUGCUAGGGAAAUGAUGAAAUGAUGUCUCGCCGAAUCAUAUUGUCGUGUGUAC